UGUAAGGAUUUUAAGAUGUAUGGAAGGGGAUUUAGCCAAGGGCAGGACCCUCUGAGCGAUGCCCCGCCGCUAAUUCUUAAAACCCACCAUUGUGUGUUAGCUCACCUGUCACACUUUCUGCAUAUUUUUACUCUAGUGUGUCCCAGCAUGGACAUCCGGAACAACUUCACGAGGCUGCACGAGCUGGCUAACUGCUCGAUCAUCGAAGGACAUUUGCAGAUACUGUUGAUGUUCAGAACAAGGCCUGAGGAUUUCCGAGACCUCAGUUUCCCCAAACUCGUCAUGAUCACUGAUUACUUGCUGCUGUUUCGGGUCUAUGGGCUGGAGAGCCUGAAGGACCUAUUCCCCAACCUCACGGUCAUCCGGGGCUCCCGCCUCUUCUUCAACUACGCGCUGGUCAUCUUCGAGAUGGUCCACCUGAAGGAGCUGGGCCUGUACAGCCUGAUGAACAUCACCCGGGGGGCUGUCCGCAUCGAGAAGAACAACGACCUCUGCUACCUGGCUACCAUCGACUGGUCGCGCAUCCUGGACUCGGUGGAGGAUAAUUACAUCGUGCUGAACAAAGACGACAAUGAAGAGUGUGGGGACAUCUGUCCAGGCACUGCGAAGGGCAAGACCAGCUGCCCUGCCACCGUCAUCAACGGGCAGUUUGUCGAACGGUGUUGGACUCACAGCCAUUGCCAGAAAGUCUGCCCGACCAGCUGCAAGUCGCACGGCUGCACUGCUGAAGGCCUCUGCUGCCACCCCGAGUGCCUGGGCAGCUGCUCCGAGCCCAACGACCCUACCAAGUGCGUGGCCUGCCGCCACUUCUACCUGGACGGGAGGUGCGUGGAGACCUGCCCAGCCCCGUACUACCACUUCCGGGACUGGCGCUGUGUGAACUUCAGCUUCUGCCUGGACCUGCACAACAAAUGCAAGAACUCGCGGCGGCAGGGCUGCCAUCAGUACGUCAUUCACAACAACAAGUGCUUUGGGGGUCCUGUGUGCCCUGACCCUCUUCCUUUCUUUUUACUCAGCUUGAUGUGCACUCCGUGUCUGGGCCCCUGUCCCAAGGUCUGUCACAUCCUGGAAGGUGAGAAGACCAUCGACUCAGUGACAGCUGCCCAGGAGCUUCGAGGGUGCACCGUCAUCAACGGGAGCCUCAUCAUCAACAUCCGUGGGGGCAACAACCUGGCAGCUGAGCUCGAGGCCAACCUCGGCCUCAUUGAGGAAAUCUCAGGGUAUCUGAAAAUCCGCCGUUCCUACGCGCUAGUGUCACUUUCCUUCUUCCGGAAGUUACGUCUGAUUCAGGGGAAUACCUUGGAAGUCGGGAACUACUCUUUCUAUGCCUUGGACAACCAGAACCUAAGGCAGCUAUGGGACUGGAGCAAACACAACCUCACCAUAACUCAGGGGAAACUCUUCUUCCACUAUAAUCCCAAACUCUGCUUGUCGGAAAUUCACAAGAUGGAAGAAAUUUCAGGAACCAAGGGACGCCAGGAGAGGACCGACAUUGCCCUGAAGACUAAUGGGGACCAGGCGUCCUGUGAAAAUGAAUUACUUAAAUUUUCUUACAUCCGGACAUCUUAUGACAAGAUCAUGCUGAAAUGGGAGCCGUACUGGCCCCCUGACUUCCGAGACCUCCUGGGGUUCAUGCUCUUCUACAAAGAGGCCCCUUACCGGAACGUGACGGAGUUUGAUGGGCAGGAUGCGUGUGGAUCCAACAGCUGGACGGUGGUGGACAUUGACCCGCCUCCGAGGUCCACUGACCCCAAGUUACAGAACCAUCCUGGGUGGCUGAUGCGGAGCCUCAAGCCCUGGACUCAGUAUGCCAUCUUCGUGAAGACCUUGGUCACCUUUUCUGAUGAACGCCGCACAUAUGGGGCCAAGAGCGAUAUCAUCUAUAUCCAGACAAAUGCCACCAAUCCUUCCGUCCCCUUGGAUCCCAUCUCGGUUUCUAACUCUUCAUCCCAGAUUAUCUUGAAGUGGAAGCCUCCCUCCGACCCCAACGGCAACAUCACACACUACCUGGUUUUCUGGGAGAGGCAGGCGGAAGACAGUGAGCUGUAUGAGCUGGAUUAUUGCCUCAAAGGGUUGAAGCUGCCCUCCCGGACCUGGUCCCCACCAUCUGAGUUGGAUGGUUCCCAGAAGCACAACCAGAGCGAGUACGACGAGGCUGCCGGCGAGUGCUGCUCCUGCCCGAAGACUGACUCUCAGAUUCAGAAGGAACUGGAGGAGUCCUCGUUCAGGAAGACUUUUGAGAAUUACCUGCACAAUGUGGUCUUCGUCCCCAGAACAAUCUCUUCAGGCCCUGGUGCUGAGGACAGUAGGUCGUCGAGAAAACGCAGGGCCCUUGGUGACGAGGGUAACGUGACGAUGGCUGUGCCCACAGCUCCGGGUUUCCCCAACACCUCAACCAUCGUGCCCACAAGCUCGGAGGAGCCGCGGCCCUUCGAGAAAGUGGUGAACAAGGAGUCGCUGGUCAUCUCGGGCCUGCGCCACUUCACUGGCUACCGCAUCGAGCUGCAGGCUUGCAACCAGGAUUUCCCCGAGGAGAGGUGCAGCGUGGCCGCCUACAUCAGCGCCAGGACCAUGCCCGAAGCCAAGGCAGAUGACAUUGUUGGCCCCGUGACCCAUGAAAUCUUCGAGAACAACAUCGUUCAUUUAAUGUGGCAGGAGCCAAAGCACCCGAACGGUCUGAUUGUGCUGUAUGAAGUGAGCUAUCGGCGAUACGGAGAUGAGGAGCUGCACCUGUGUGUGUCCCGCAGGCACUUCGCCCUGGAGCGGGGCUGCCGGCUGCGCGGGCUGUCACCCGGGAAUUACAGCGUGAGAGUCCGGGCCACCUCCCUGGCGGGCAAUGGUUCCUGGACAGAAGCCACCUAUUUCUAUGUGACAAACUACUUAGACGUCCCCUCCAAUAUUGCAAAAAUCAUCAUCGGCCCCCUCAUCUUUGUCUUCCUCUUCAGUGUUGUGAUUGGAAGUAUUUACCUAUUCCUGAGGAAGAGGCAGUCAGACGGGCCGGUGGGACCACUCUAUGCUUCUUCAAACCCCGAGUACCUCAGUGCCAGCGAUGUGUUCCCAUGUUCUGUGUAUGUGCCGGACGAGUGGGAGGUGCCACGGGAGAAGAUCACCCUCCUGCGAGAGCUGGGGCAGGGCUCCUUCGGCAUGGUGUACGAGGGCAACGCCAAGGACAUCAUCAAGGGCGAGGCGGAGACUCGAGUGGCGGUGAAGACGGUCAACGAGUCGGCCAGCAUGCGGGAGCGGAUCGAGUUUCUCAACGAGGCCUCCGUCAUGAAAGGCUUCGCCUGCCAUCACGUGGUCCGCCUCCUCGGAGUGGUGUCCAAAGGCCAGCCCACGCUGGUGGUGAUGGAGCUCAUGACGCACGGAGACCUGAAGAGCCACCUGCGCUCCCUGCGGCCUGACGCUGAGAAUAACCCCGGCCGGCCUCCCCCGACCCUGCAAGAGAUGUUUCAGAUGGCAGCGGAGAUUGCUGACGGGAUGGCAUACCUGAACGCCAAGAAGUUUGUGCACCGGGACCUCGCAGCUCGAAACUGCAUGGUCGCCCACGAUUUUACCGUCAAAAUUGGAGACUUUGGAAUGACCAGAGACAUCUACGAAACGGAUUAUUACCGGAAAGGUGGCAAAGGUCUGCUUCCUGUGAGGUGGAUGGCACCUGAAUCUUUGAAGGACGGGGUCUUUACCGCUUCUUCCGACAUGUGGUCCUUCGGUGUGGUCCUUUGGGAAAUCACCAGCUUGGCAGAACAGCCUUACCAAGGCCUCUCUAAUGAGCAGGUGUUGAAAUUCGUUAUGGAUGGAGGGUAUCUGGAUAUCCCCGACAAUUGUCCAGAGAGACUCAGUGAGUUAAUGAGCAUGUGCUGGCACUUCAACCCCAAGAUGAGGCCGACCUUCCUGGAGGUGGUUGACCUGCUUAAGGACAACCUGCACCCCAGCUUUCCGGAAGUUUCCUUCUUCUACAGCGAGGAGAACAAGGCACCUGAGAACGAUGAGUUGGAGAUGGAGUUUGAGGACAUGGAGAGUGUACCCCUGGAUCGGUCCUCACACUGUCAGAGGGAGGAGGAUGGGGGCUGUUCGCUGGCCCUAAAGCGGAAUUACGAGGAUCACAUGUCCUACAGCCACAUGAAUGGGGGCAAGAAAAACGGACGCGUCCUGACUCUGCCACGGUCCAGUCCUUCCUAACGGCACCUGUUUGGGGGAGGGAAUCCCAGCUUCUCUCUCCUCUGGUUUGACGGUCUCCAGAAACUCAGGAUUUUCCCACAACUCUGCCAGUGUCCAGUGGAGCUAAGAGAUCAUUACUCUCCAUUUCUGUUUAUGGUACAACGUAAAACACAUGUUUGAUUGCCAAUCUGACUAGUGAUCAGAGAAUGCAACCGUGAGCACAGAGAGAAGGGGUCCUUUCCAGCAACUGCGGGCGCAAGCCAGGGUGUGACUUCUUUUUCUAGUCAUUGACAGAAAGCACCUGUUUUUACCAAGGCUUCUUCUUUUCUUUUCUUUUUUAUUUUCAUUUUAUUUUAUUUUUGCGGACAGGGGCUGGUGUAACUUGUUUGUGGAACAAAAGUUUGAAAGAAAGAAAAAAACCAUACAAACCCUGUUCUGGUAGAAUUCAAAGCUUUAUGAAGUGGAUUUUAGGAAGGUUUUUCUCAUCCAGGCUGAACAUUUUUUUUUUCCUUCACAAAAGUAGUUUCUCAAAUUGACCAAUAGCUGCUGCUUUUGUACUUUUGAUAAGAUUCUGCAGUCCCAGGUGUGUGCAUGUGUAUUCAGAGUAGACACAGCUGGUGUGUGUGUGUGUGCCCGUGCGUGCAAAGCACUCAUGCUGAGAUGAAGUUUGGGGAUUGGCUCAUGAAGGUUCCACUUUUCCGUGUGUGAGCAUCCUGGCUCCCCUCCGUCUCCGUCCUCACUGGGAGGCUGUGCCCGGCAGGUUCUCUGUGCCCUAGUCUAGCCUUAGGAGUCCUCUCUCCCUUAGCUUUGGUGAAAAUGUUUCUGUAGGAGCAGAGGAGUGGUUUGGAGUGAUAAUGGGUCUUUUCAAGACCAAACAAAGCCAGGACAUAACAAAGAAAAGGAAAAGGAAAAAAAACUCCCGAGAUGACAAAGAGUUUUGAGAAUAUAUUUAUAACAUAUUUAAUUUUUUAACCAUCUCCAGUCAGCCUCAUAAGUUAUUGACUGUUUCCUCGGUUGGGGGAGGGCUGGUGUUGGUCUGCCUGUUGGGCCUGAGGAGCAAAGCACCAGGAGCCUCCUUGCUUGGUCUUCAAGGCAUAAAGCCACAUUCGCUGCUAACCCUGUGGGGUGCUGUGAGGCCGCGCUGAGGGGGUGGGCAGUUGGAUUUGAUGAAUGGCUAGGUUUCAGCUGGGGAAGCUGGAAGCCAUCUUGGUGCUGAGCCCUGCCCUCGAACACACUUGUGGCUCCUGGAUCUCCUGCUUCCCUGUGUGCACCUGUGUUCUUCACUGGGUGUGCACGUCCUCCAGCUGUUCUGCAGACACGACAGAGUCAGGUCCCGGAGUGUGAUGGCACAAGCGGACUUAGAGAACACUAAGCAGUACGACGCGAGAGGCACCCGUCAGGCCGUCCCCCUCCGUCCUCAGGGCAUCCAGCUGUCCUCAGAACUGACCUCCCAGAUGCUGCUCUGUGCUGAGAACUCGGCUGGGCCAGCUGUGGGGCCUGAGCAGAACUCCCAGCCGCCCUCGAUGUUGCAGUCCCUUAAGGAAGUAGAGCCCAGGGGAGAAACCGCUAAGGACUGUCACACUCCCCAGAACUUCCAGCCCAGGAAGAAGCCAGCUCUUCCCUUUGGGGAGAAGAGCCCCAGCCGCUCAAAUAAAGGACAGGGUGGACCUGUCGCUCUGGUUCAUCAGUCAUCACCCCAGUCACCCCUGGGUGCGUUUUCUCACAAGUCUCGCUGGCUUCCUUCUCCUCUAAAAGUUGUGGGCUUAACAACAGAUAGAGAUGCAGUGGCAACUCCAAACUUCUCAAUUCCUGGUCAGAACACAGGGCGGCACAAAUCCCCAUUGUCUAUUGCUCUUUUAUCAGACGAUUUGUGAAAUCAGAGCACGUGAAAUAAUAGGUCUGGGAGCCUCCAUGAUUGGGUACAAGGCGCAAGAGUACAGAAAUUCUUUACACCAAAUUUACUCUGUACAUAGAAGAGGGUCUGUACGUACAUUAAAAAACAGACACGUAGGCCUAGGUAUUUAGUUCUUUUCAUAGUAAAUUAAUAGUGGCUGUAGACUAUACUUGCAGCAAUUUUCACGUUUUUCUAAUUCAGAAAGGUUUUCUUACAUUAGGGGGAAAAUAAUUUAUUUUAAUAUAUAAAAUCACUUUCCUAAAAAAAAAAAAAUUGGAGGGCACAUACAUUUUUAUCAAAGAAAAAUAAACAGGUGAAUGUGGGGCAGCGAUUCUUGUCCAGCACAGUCUACCUCAGCGUUGUCAGGAUGAGGUUCAAGAAUGGACAUUCUCGAGGCUACAGAUUUCUGCCAGGAUCCAGUCUGAAUCAGGGAAAAUCUGUAUCGGCUGAUUCCGAAUGCCAGGGACCAGUCAGAAAUUUGAGGGAGGGGUUUGGGAUAAAGUGUGGCCUUUUGUGAGCACAGAUCCUUUUUCCUAACAGGUAAUCAUCUUCUCUGAUUUUAAUUUUCCUUUUUUUCUUUUUAAUCUCCAUUGACACCAUGCUUCCCAAACAGGAACCAAAUGUGAGGCCAUAGUUACGUAUCUGAUGUGCGGGGUGCCCAGACCUGAGCUGCCCACCUGCGGAGGGAGCUGUUGCCUGUCUUCCCCAGGGCAGAGCAGGCCUUGUGCCGAGCUGGCAUCCCCUUGGAGUGAGCGCCAACGUGCUCCCUGACUUAUCCUUUCUGGCUGAGAUGCUACUUGAGGGUGGACCCAGUCACACUCAUGGGCACCUCACAUGCAAACACGCAGUGACUGCCUCCCAGGAGGUAUUUGAGGAAUCUCAACCCCAAACCCACCAGCAUACGGAACACAUUUUAGCAACAAAACCUUGCGUCCCCUGAUGUAGUUUGAUUUCAAACUGAUGCUGUUUGGCCUUGUGGGGCUUUGAGAACCCGUGUGGAUGUCUGGACGGGGCCUGUCGGGCUCCUGUCAUAUUCACCAAGCCUUGCUGCCCUGGCCGUGCCUCUAGGCACCGCCCCUGCGGAUUCACUGUCCGCUUGCCCUGGAGGCAGGCAGAGUGCUGGGCAGCCCUUGCCAAUGGGGUUUGACAGGCUAUUUAGCUGUCUCUGCCGCUGCAGUGUGAGCAGCUGUGGAGUCACAAACCUCCUUUCGAAAUAAGGUUGACUCUGACAACAGAACUCUGAUCCUAGAAGUCAUGGUGUCUGGGGGUUGUAGCGACGGCUUACAAAGCAGCAACGCCAGCUUGGGUUGACACUUUUGGUUUGUUUUUAAAGAUGUCUCCUUAUUAUGAAAACUUUUCAGUCACGUGGUGAAAUCCACAUCGUUUCUUUUGGAAAGAGAACACAUUACUCUCUCCCUGGACGGGUGACGCCCAGCACGUCGGGGAGCUGUCCUGGGUGCUCUCCGUUCUUUCAAGCCGGGAGGAAGGGAGCAAGGCUGCUGUUCCCUUGGAGAGACGGUGCGCUGCUGAGAGAAAAUUCGGGAACUGACGCACGGGUCUGGGCAUGCCACCGAGGACCACGCAGACGGCUGCCAGCACGGAUGGAGCUGUCGCGUCUCCCACAGGAGGGGACAGGCUGCCGGGAGAUGUGCCUGCUCGGCGGGAGGGUGUUUGCGUGCAGCCGCGUAACGUUGGCCAGUGGCUUGGCCCCUGCCAGCCGUCGGGGUAAGUGGCUGUGCUGUCGUCUCAGCGACAAUCAUUUUGCUUUGGUGGACAGUUUGGUGUUAAAACCUUUUGGAUGCUUUUCUGGCGAGUCCUUGACACCUCAGGCGAUUCAGAAAUGAUGGUUUUGUCGGAGGUGGGGGACGAGGAAAGACUGGUUGUAUAUAAAGGGUGCAUGUAGAAUGGUGUCCUUUGAGAAAACCUUCCAGAAUGUUUUUCAGAAUUCUCAUUUGCGCUGGAGGUGAGGUUGGAAAUGGAAAGAAGAUCGGCAUGUGUUCGUCUCAAACACAUAAAAAAAGUUGCAGGGGCUGCAACUGAAGGCGAAUGUUUCCUCACGGUCACCCCACAAAGGGAAACAAUGACGGUUCUCUGUCACCUGAUUCCAGAGAAGGUCCAGAACCAGCCUCCAGCCAGACUUUCAUUUGGGCAUGCGCCCUGGAAGUCCCUGUUAAAAACAGAUCAUGAACCUGAGGCUCUUCGUUCCAUUUGAGAAGGAAGGAGUAGCCCCCGAGAUGAGUGUGUGACAAAUGGCUUUCGGUUUCCCACUUCAUGUGUCUGGGAGGUUGGCCUCAGCCGCGUGUCAGCAGGAGACACCUCCAUCCACCCUCAGCCUCACAGGAUCAAAUGUGCCUCGGCUUACGUGGAAAAAAACUUGGAAACACAAAACACACCAAAUAGCUCAAUUAUCAUUAUUUUCAAUGUUUUUCUAUAAGAGCCAAGUAAUGCCAUGUAUAGAAUAUGCCUUUGGGGGGUGGGGGUAUUGAAAUCGCUCUGCAUGUAAGACAUGGGGUAAUUACCUGUUUAUAUGAAAAUUCUGAAUAAAUUAUCUGAGAAUAGU